CCCACGUUCAGGACCUUUUCAGAUGAGGAGUGCUGAAUACCAAGCUCCAAAAUGCUGGUACCUGCCAAGCCCAGCUGCCCCAGCAUACUGAAAUCCCUACAGCAACCCUGUUCAGAAAGAAAAAGUGAUGUAACUGUCAUAAAUGGUUUUUAAAAAGAGAAAGCAAUACUGCAUAGGGAGGUAUAACUUUGCCACAGGGAGACAUUAAACACCUUUUAAUUUCAUUUACUUUAAUUUGUUUUAAUUUAAUUUAAUUUAAUUUAAAUUGCCAGACUGACAAAUGUCCAAGAGAUGGUGCAACAUGGUGCUGACCUGGCCUUUAGUGGGUCUCCAUACAAGAUGACUUUAGAGAGGGAUGCCCUAAAACAAUACGUUCCUUUUUCAGCAGGUUACGCCAGUGUAUUUCUGCUUUUAGACUAGUCUCAAUCAUUCUGCAGGUGCAUUUUUCUUAAAUAUCAAGGGCCACUCCCUUAAGGCUUUUAAGGCUCCAAUAAGUUUAUGCCGCAUUAACAUAUUUUAAAGUGGAUGCAAAUGUCUCUAUAAAUACUCAUAAUGUGAGAACUGUGCCCAUGGAAAAGCUGAUGGUAGAGGAGAGUUAUUCUGAAGUCUGUGCAGCAUCAAAUGAAUAUGGUAUUCAUCAAAAGUAUUUUGCAGUGGGAAAUAUUCUGAAGUCUGUGUUAAACUCCUACUUUAGCACUCAUUUUUUGCAAUUACUGAUGUGAAAUUAUAUCAUUCCACCUGAACUAGUUCUAAAAAGUACAUUCAAUGUGACUGAAUACUCAGAAUAUCCUGGAAAUAUAUAUGUAAUUCAUGAGAUCACUAAUGGCAUUUAGCACAGUUCAUUAGCUAUCUAGGCCUGAAUAGCAUUACGCAUAACACAGUAUCACUUAAAUGUCAGGAGCAUGAGAUGAAUAAGCCAGGCAGCCUGUACAUGCAACAAAGUGUGUAGGAAAACUAUCCCUUAUUUAAGAGUUGAGCAGAUCUGCAGUCUCUCAAGCGCAGUGUCUGUAACAUACCUCUGCACUCCAAGAUAGCUGAUGUCCCAAACUGAAGCUUGAAUACGACAAAGUAAUUAAUCUUUCCCUCUAAAGUCUGUUGGAAGAGACAGGGCUCCCUGGGUGAAGUGAAACGUGGCAAUUCCUCUGGUUGCGUUUGUUGCUUAAACUGGUCACAGGCUGAUUCUUUGGAGUUUUCAGUAAAGCUGUCUGGAAUUUUCAUCCUCUGGAAAUAUACCAGGGUUUGGAGAAAAAAAUUUGUCCCACUUCUAAACAAAAAGUAAAGAAACUAGACACUUUUUGCAGAAAAUCUGGGGGAAAAAAACAACUGUUGGAACAACCCACAUUAUAUUUUACAGCUGGCUAGGAGUCUUUUGACCUGACAAAAAACCGAAUUCUCUGGUGAAACUGGAAUUGUCUAGCAGCAAAUCAUUCUAGCAGACAAUCCCCUGCUCCUUUCCAUGUUAGUUCUUGGGACUUUUUAUCCUCAAAUCGAAAUAUAAAACAAAAAAUAUUGCACAGGCAAACUGAGAGUGAAAAAAAUGAAACUCUUGAGCCAUGAGUACACAGGCAUUGACUAAAUGUCACCUGAAUCAAUAGAGAGUGCAACAGAUGGAGGUUUUAACAUUGUUCUUGAAAAUUAAUCAUUAAUUUAUUUUUUAAAGUAAUGAUCAUAAAUCUUCCUAGAACAGAUUGUUGUUCUACCUCUUAUGAUUCAUUAAACCAGUGCAGAAUGAGAUCAUUAUCAUUUAAGUUAGCUUUUUUAGAGGCUGCCAAAUAUCCCUCAAGUAUUUCCUGCAUCUUCCUUGGAGCUUGCAGCCUGCUUGCACCAUAUCCUGCUCCAAGAGCCUCUUGUGCCUCUGGUCAGCCACACCAUCGUGCUCGCAGGGACCCUGAGCCACUUGGGGCAGGUUGCUUCAUUUGACCCCCUUGGGCAGCAGCAGAAUCGGAGGCUGACUCCAAGCUGAGAAGCUGCAUGUGGCAUCAGCACAUGCAGAGAGGCAAAGCCUCUGCCCUGAGGAGCUGGGGCUGGAAAACCCUUCCCCGGCGGUGGGCUCUCACCCACCCCAGCCUCCAGCCUACCUGGUUGAUUACUGGGGUGUAGAGGUUGCUGAUGCCUUUGGAUAAAUUGGGACUUUUCUCCUCCUCUUGGAAAUUCCCACAUUGUAAACCCAAAGGCCUCAGCAGGGCAGAGUGGCAGCUGUGGGAGGCAGGUUACCAAAAAUAGGGUUUUUUCCUUUUAAUUUUUUUUUUUGGUGUAAUUUCCUGACUGUGUUAUUGAAAAACAAUGACAUAAGGGGCAGACGGGAGCAGCAACAGGGCACACGGGAGCAGGUAAGAGCAAAAGAGCCAACAACAUAUCUGUGUAGAAGAAAGGGAAAAGAGCUGGCAGUAGAGGGGAUUCACAAGUUACCUGUGAAGAAAGCACACAGCUAUCCCCUGCCCCCACAGCUACCCUGGGAGUCCUCUGACAAGUGAAGGAUGCCAAAAAGGGGGAAAAAAAUAGAACAAACCAAACAAAAAUUAAUCCACCACCCCAAAUUGCAGUAAUUACUUGAUAUGGGCAUUUUCACUUCCCAAACUGGGAGAGAAAAAUUCCCCUGGGUCAUCUGACCUCUCUUGAAACCACACCAGGAAGAGGAGCAGCGGCAGCCAGCGAGUGCAGGGCGUUCUCCAGCUGUACAAAAGCCUCUCGUGCAUGAGCUGGAGAUCAGAGCAGCACAGGGAUGUGUGUGCGUGCAUAUACGUAGCAAGGCGAGGUACAAAUAGUCUCCCAGCCAGAUCAUCUCUUGCACAACUCUCUGACUGUGUGCAGCCUCACAGACUAUUUGGGUUUUUUCCUCCACUGCUUCUCUCCAGGCAUGCCUCCAGAGCAGAGCUGCUGAAGAGCUGUUUCCUUCAACACAUCUCCCUGAAAACAGCUCCUCUUCCCAAGAAGAGGUGGUUGCCGGCAGCAUGUUGGGGCUGACAGUGAUCAGGACAUGGAUUGAGCCAGUGGUUGCCGGUUCCCAAGUGGCCAGUGCCUUCUACGACACGGCACUGCUGCUGGUGGUGAAGAACUACUACAACCGGACCAAUGACACUGCUCCCUCCCAUGCACUGGAAGAUGCUCAGCAGAAGGCUGUCUCUAAUUUUUAUAUCAUCUACAACCUAGUCCUGGGCCUGAGCCCGCUGGUGUCAGCCUAUGGUUUGUCCAAGCUGGGGGACAGGGUGCAUCGGAAGAUCCCCAUCUGCUUCCCUCUUCUUGGCUACUUGGGCUCCAAAACUCUCCUGCUCCUCCUGAUCCUGCUGGGCUGGCCGAUCGAGGUGAUGUAUGGGGCUGCUGCCUUCAAUGGGCUGACAGGUGGUUUCACCACAUUCUGGGCAGGUGUCAUGGCUCUGGGAUCCCUGGGCUCCUCCGAGAGCAGGAGGUCCCUGCGCCUUAUCAUUAUUGAGCUGGUGUAUGGCCUCGCUGGCUUUCUGGGAAGCAUGACAUCUGGUUACCUCUUUGUUGGCUUCAGUGACCGCUACCAAGAGGGUACAGUGCUGGUGGGCUGCAGCAUCGCUUGCUAUGCUUUCUGCCUUCUCUACAGCAUUUUUGUCCUGACAGUACCCAAGCCAGCAGCUUCCUGCCCAGUCAAAGCCAAGAGUGCAGAGGAGGUGGGCAGCCAGCUACCAGCCCACAAAGAAACAGCAGCAGCAGGGAGUACCCAACCUUCGGGCAGCAGCAGCUCCACUCCAGUAUCCCCCUCAAAACUCAUCAUCAUCAUGCUGUUUGUAGCGGCAAUCCUCUAUGACCUUGCUGUGGUUGGUGCAAUGAACGUACUCCCACUCUUCUUGCUCAGGGAGCCUUUGAGUUGGAACGCUGUGGAGAUCGGCUAUGGCAAUGCUGCGGGGUAUGUGAUCUUCAUCACCAGCUUCCUGGGGGUAUUUGUGUUCUCCAAAUACAUGAGAGACAUUAUCAUGAUAAUGAUUGGAGUGGCAUCCUUCAGUGCCGGCAUCCUCAUCAUGGCCUUCGUGCGGUGGACGUACCUGUUCUACAUUGCACGGGCAGUGAUGCUCUUUGCCCUCAUCCCCUUACCAACAAUCAGGUCCAUGUUAUCCAAGCAUGUUGAAGGAUCAUCCUAUGGAAAGGUGUUUGUCCUGCUGCAGUUGUCUUUAGUCAUCACAGGAGUAGUGACAUCUACAGUCUACAACAAGAUCUAUCAACACACACUGAACUGGUACAGCAGCUUCUGUUUCAUUUUGUCUUUCCUAGUUGGCUGCCUGAGUCUCCUCCCUUUAAGCAUUGUGGCCAUCAAACAACGUUCAACCACCGGCUCCCUUCAGAUUCUGACUGAGUGACAGAGGCUCUGUACCAGCUAAAGCAUCUUUUGGUCUUUAUCAACUCUCUGAGCUACCGAAGUGGAAGAUUUGCCAAGCAUUAGUCCCCACAGUUAAUUGUUAGAGGAAGCAUCUCCUUUGUGUUUCCAUUUCACAGCAUGCCACGGCCUCUCAGCCACUGAACUCACCCAGGAUGAAGAAGUUUGCCUUGUUAUUUCUGCAGUAUAUCACAUUGCAGAGUACAUGCAUUGGCUAUUGCACACCAGCAGUCUUCAGAGAAUAUUGCUUUCCUGCUAGGUUGGUUAGCAAGAGUGCAGAGGGACAAGAACAGGGUAGAAAUUAAAACGGUGUUUCUAGACACAUCAUUCAGUGUGGAAGGGGAAAGCAGAGGAUCAGUUUUCCAUUAAUUCUUUCUUGUCUGUUCAUUCAGAAGCCUCUGGGCAGUUCUGUAUCUUUGGCUGAAGAAGCAGGGGUCUGCAAGCCAUGUGCUGUGUGCGCAUGGCCAUCAGCAGGACACACAUGGUCUCCAAGUGGUAGAGAAGAUGUGUCAGCCCAGUUGAUCAACAUUAUGUAGAAGACCACUAAAUACAGAAAUACCACUAUAACAAAAAAAUGUAAUAUUAAGACAUUUUUAGUAAUCCCUACAAUAAAACACUCCUGAACUCUGUUCAAGCCCCUGACUUCUGGGAGAUUGUCCCACUGCCUCCAGACAGUGCUUUAACAGAGGUCAUGGGAGGACACCUAUGACUCAAGAGCUGAUACUGGCAUUCCAACGCACAGCACCAGGAUGUACUAUUCUUGUAACAAGUUAAGAACAGGUAAGUGAAGCACACUACUCCUACAGGCUUUAUGGAGGUGUCGGGACAUUGAUGCCAGGUAAUAGUCACCUUGUUACCCUAGCUUUAUGCUGGGUUGAAACCCCUACCGAAAAGAACCUUAUACAAUAUGGCAACUGUCAUGAGAUGUUGUCAGUUAAAUCCAAACAUGAUUCAAAAGACUGGCAUGCCCCAGAGGGAUCAGGGCUUACAUUAUGUGUCUUCUACUUACAUGCUAAUUGAAUAAACAAGGAUUAAGUGGCUUCCAAGCUCCUGGACUAAGUAAAGGCAAGUUAAAAACCCUUCAGUAACUGAAAUAACCCGGAGGCAAAUCAGCCAGCUUUGGUUCGAGCCAGGGAUGCAGCAAGCGGAAGUUGAUUACUCACUAUGCAACCCCUUAUUCUGAGGAAGCUGAUGCCACCCCUGUUCCCCCUACACACACACACUUACAGUCUUUUCUUAGCUCCAGGUUUCACUUUCAAGUAAUACCAAAGGUGCUACAGCAACAGACAGUUGACUUUUAGUUGUAUCAUCAGUGGAAUGAGAUUUUGAGGGAAGGGUAUUGUUCUGGUUUUGUCUGGGAUAGAGUUAGUUUUCUUCCUAGUAGCUGGUACAGUGCCUGUGUUUUGGAUUUAGUAUGAGAAUAAUGUCAAUAACACACUGAUGUUUUAGUUGUUGCUGAGCAGUGCUUACACUAAGUUAAGGGCUUUCCAGCCUCCCACGCUCUGCCGGGUGCACAAGAAGCCGGGAGGGGAGGGGGCACAGCUGAGAGAGAGGAUCCAAACUGGCCAAAGGCUAUUCCAUACCAUAUGACAUCAUGCCCAGUAUAUUAACUGGGGGGAAUUGGCUGGGAGGCAGCAAUUUAUGCUAGGGGUAGGAUGGUCAUCAGUCAAUGGAUGGUGAGCAAUUGCAUUGUGGUUCACUUGUUUUGUAUAUUCUUUUAUCAUUAUUAUUAUCAUUAUUAUUAUUAUUUUCUCUUCCUUUGCUGUCCUAUUAAACUUUUUUUA